UGUGAAUCAACGUACUAAAAUCUAGUAGCCUGUAGAAUAUUAUUUGGUGACGACCUGACAACAAAAUCCAGUGAAAAAUGUCCGCGAAAUCGUCAAACGUUGAAAAAUUAGUGCGUGUCGGUUACUACGAACUCGAAAAAACCAUCGGUAAAGGCAAUUUUGCCGUGGUCAAACUGGCCACACACAUUGUCACCAGGACCAAGGUGGCCAUUAAAAUAAUAGAUAAGACUGCUUUAGAUGAAGAAAACUUAACAAAAAUAUUCAGAGAGACUGCCAUUCUGAAGAAAUUAAGACAUCCACACAUUACGAGGCUGUAUCAGCUGAUGGAAACGAACCAAACUAUUUAUAUGGUAACUGAGUAUGCCAGUAACGGGGAAAUUUUUGAUCAUUUGGUGGCAAAAGGCCGAAUGCCAGAAGAUGAAGCCAAACGGAUAUUUAGUCAGAUAGUGUCGGCCGUAAGCUACUGUCAUUCUCAGGGGGUAGUUCAUAGAGAUUUAAAGGCUGAAAACUUAUUGUUGGACCAUAAUUUAAAUAUCAAGCUUGCCGAUUUCGGCUUCAGUAAUCAGUUCACAGAGGGUUGUCUUUUGUCAACGUGGUGUGGAUCACCGCCUUAUGCAGCUCCUGAACUAUUUCAAGGCCUCAAGUACGAUGGACCUAAAGCCGAUAUAUGGAGUUUGGGUGUAGUUUUAUACGUUCUGGUAUGUGGUUCCCUCCCCUUCGACGGUCGAACAUUACAUGACCUUCGCAAUGUAGUGAUUGAAGGCAGAUUCCGUAUUCCAUACUUCAUGUCACAAGAUUGCGAAUAUCUAAUAAGACACAUGUUGGUGGUCGACCCCGACAAAAGACUGACGAUGACUCAGAUCGCCAAACACCGAUGGUUGGCGAACACGCCCCCUGUCGACACGGGUCCUGAGCGCGAACUCCAACUUAACAAGACUGUGAUAGACCACAUGCUGCAACUCCCCAACUUGAACCAGAACAUGGUCUUGCAAUCGCUGAAGAACAACACGUUCGAUCACAUACACGCCAUCUACAAUCUGCUUUUGGACAAGCUGCACCAGCGCACAAUCAACUUCCAGUCGAAGAUAUCGCAGCAGAGGCGGGUGGGGAGCGAGGAAAUCGUGGAUUAUUUGCACACGCGGCCACCGAAGAUCAACGAGAGGAGCGAAUCGUUCAACGAGCAACAACUGGUGACGCAUCUCGCGGGCGAGGCGAGGCAGGGGGCGGAGCGACAGGUCGACGAAUCGUUUAAUUAUAGGCGGGAGAGCUUCAACGAGAAUUGUCUAAGGCGGGAGGAGGCGAAGGAGAGGAGGAAGUCGAUUAAUGAAAGUAUCUCGGAGGAUGGAGGGUCGCCGUUCGUGUCGAUGCCGACGAUUCCGGCGGUGUACUUGGUGGACGAUGGGGAGAAUCAGCCGUUGGAGAAGUUCAAGGAAAUGGAUCAGGACGCAUCAGAGGAGGCGUGUUCCUUAAGUGUCCCCUCCUCUUCGACUACAGGUUACGGAAGUUGUUCAUCGUCAGGCGACCGCUACUUGACGGUGCGGAGACACACCGUGGGACCUGGAGACUCAGCACACGAACAGGUUCUCGAAACGCACUACAUGGCCCAAGCUCAGCAGGACCCCAACGGAACGAAACUACUUCCCCAUACGAAUCUUCCCUUACAUCUUCCCAUUUUGGGCCAACAGAACCCCCACUACUUCGGAGGGAAAGAUCCCCAUUUGCUUAAGCCUCCGACCGUUCUGAACGCCGCGGGCGGCUUCGGCAGGAGGGCGUCGGAUGGUGGAGCUAAUUUACACAUGGCUUGGGGCACGCCGGGCUCGCACGAACAACUAUCGAUAAUGUCGACGAGCUCGAGUGGGAAUCCCAGUUUGAGCAGUGGGACGGUGACGCAACCGCUUGAGCAGCCGGCGUUGGACGAGUUGGCAGCAGUGGCAAGGUACAUGCAAGGUAGGGGCAACGCGAAACGCCACACCAUGGCCAACCCCGAAGAAGUCCAUUCUCUACAGUCAGCCGGUGGCUCUGGAGUACGUACCCGACGUACCGGUCUCUUAACAGUGAUGGAACGCCCGCCAGUAAUCCCACCCGAAGUAGUGAUGGAAGUUGAAGCACGCAUGAAGCGUAACCACAUGCCUCCCAUGUUGUCACAACGAAAACUCUCGCGGCACGCUGUCAAACCGCAUUUACCCACAGUACAAGAGUUGCAAGGGCGGGAACCCAAAUCUAUGGAGAGGUUCAGUCCGGUGAGGCGAGGCAGCGAGGGCUCGGCGUCGGGCUCGCGCACUUUGAGCCCUUCGACCCCACAACAGGAGUGUCAGAGGCUUCAGAGGGGCUUGCAAGCGAGGUCUAGCCCGCCGCGCUCGAUUCCAGGAUCUCCCAUCCACCAACUCGUCUCGGACUCGCAAAUUCGUCACCAGAUGACCGAGUGCCCCUCACCCAUCCAUCAGUUCUACUCCGCGGACCCAUCGUUGGGUCCAUCCCCUGAAUCGUACCAAAGCAGUUUCGCAAAUAGUCCUCUCCAUACUUCACCGUUCGGUACCAAUCCCAGCAGCAAUUUAAACUCUCCCAUACAACAAAACCUCUUCGGACAAGUACCCAACCUGACGAUGUACUCUGGAACCAACUCACCCAUCAUGAACCCGCUACUGAGUCCCAGCACGUCUCCGGUUUUUGGGACUUACGUUCCAACGCCCGCUGCGCCUGGAACCAUCUCAUCCAUCACACAAGGCAUAAGCGGCUUGAAUACGACCGGCGCUGGUUCCAUAACGCAAGGGACGCCAUCUACUAGUCUUCAGCUGGAAAUACGAAACCAGCAGCUGCAGGACGACAAGAUGGAUACGAGCUAUUCGAGCUUAGCAGGCUUUCAACCGAACUUUCUGCAUCAAGGUCACCACAUGCAUCACAUUCUGAACAUACACAACCAUAGAAGUUUGACGAAUUCGCCCAUUAGUAAUCCGGGAAGUCCGGGACUGGAUAUGAUACAAGAGGAACUGCCGCACAUGCACAGUAUGGUAAAGAACGAUCAACAGAAUGUGGGGCAUCCGCAGAUCUCCGUGACGGAUGUAUUAGGAAGUGAAGUAACUCUAGUGGCCGGUUCCGACACCUCGGAAGACUCCAUGGACAGCCUCGACAACCAAAAAAUCUCAAAAAUUCCCUCGUUUAUAAUAUCGGAGCCAUCAGAAAACCUGCCGUCGAUCACAAAAGGCAUCGGUCGAAAAACAAGCCAGGAGAACGAGGAAGCAGCAAAAUUUUUUAACAAACCCCAAGAGUCCGAAACUCAGGAGUCUGAGUUUUUUCUGAGGCGAAAUUCUGAUAAAAGUUCCGUGUAUUCGGACGACUCCCUGUCGAACGAUAGCUUGAGCAUAGGCAAUCAGAGCCCGAGCUCGAGCUCGAACACUCAGAGCAGUCACGCCUGCGACAGCGACAUACGGUUGAGACCCGUGGACAACAACUACGAAAAGAUGCAAAUAAGUCAGGAACUGACGAAUUCCGGCGCCGGGAAUUUCCAGAUUUUCCAGAACUAUAGGAUGAGCGAGGAUUUCCACGACACGAAUUUGCAUAAAAACUCCGGAAGCUUCGAGUUUGAAUUGAGCGAAGUUUGUUCGAAGUUGCAAUCGACGGAUAUCCUGGAGAUGGUCAAAAGGACCAUCAACGAUCAAAUCCCCCCGAAGACGUACUCGAGUUCGGAGAGCGUGAGCGAUAGGUUGUCUCUGGAGUACGAGGGGGGCAUCCAGAUCGAGCUGAAGGUCAUCGACAAGCAGAAAGAUUCGAAAGGGUUGAAGAUGCGGAGGAUAUCCGGAGACCACCUAGUUUACAAUCAACUUUGUCAGCAGUUGAUUUCUUGUAUGACAGUUUCCUAGCAUUUAAAGUCGUCUUAGUUUGAUUACGCUUUUCGUUUAGUGCUUACUCGAAUCCAGUUUUUGGUUUUCGGUUUUUCAAUGUGAUUAUUGUUGCCAUAAUUUCCAAAUAAACAUUCCACGGAUUUUGGUUGAUUCGUUACCAAAACGAGAUUUUUACGACUGAUUCAGUUAUUUUAUUUUCUUGGUGAAAAGAAACACGCUGUAUAUAUUUGACGUGUAAAUAUUUAAUUCAUCGCACAAUUGUAUAUAUAUUAUGAUCAUAGACAAGUCUCCAUACUGUAAUUGGUUUAGUGCAAUAUUUGUCUUUGUUAUUAGCUAAUAACAAGUUGAAAAAUUCAGUUUGAGCGACUAGCUACCCUAAUAACGCAUUAAAAUUGUAUAUUUUUAUAAAUACUGUAAAUAGUUACUUGAACAUUCCUAUUAGGUAGGGAAGAUUUUGAAUCUUUGUCAAUAUUCAUAUUCACUUAGCACAAUUUUAAUAUGCUACUUCUAGUGUUUAAGAUUUCUACUUGACUUAAACGAUAAUAACAGGCUUUUUUGUUUCGAUUAGGUGUUUCUAGGAUUUUAGAGCAACUUUUUUUUCUCGGACUAACUCUAUUGUAUAGGAGUUUUCAUGAUGUUCAAAACGCCUUGCGUUCCUCGUUCGGUUGCUCUAAAUACGUAUUCAAUGAUACAUUUUUAUUUUGAUCGAUUUAAUACCACACACGAAAAUGUUGUAAUAGUGUAAUUCUCAUUAUGUUUUGUCUUAUCUGGCACCUACGUAAUAAAACAAGGUUGUAAAAUUUAGUAUUUUCUGUCAAUUCAAAUCUGUGAUGUCAAUAAAUGAAUGACUGGAAA